AACAGGAGUUAUUAUUUCGGCGUUUCAGUUAGCCUGAAUUUGUACACUGUGUCACUUCCGACAACAACUCCUUCAAACCCGCACCAUGACCUCCACAGCUUACAUAGUACUGGCAGCUUUGCUGGUCGGAGCGGUCACAUCGCAGACGCUUGGUGGAUUGAGCGCAGUCAAGAAGGCCAACGGCGAGGUUAAGGGAAUCAUCCAAUCGCUCAGCCCGCAAAUCCUUGCCCGAGCUAAACUCAGCGCUAACAUCCAACUGGUGCCUACGGAAUAUUCCAGCCAGGUCGUCGCUGGAACGGUCUACUAUAUUAAGGUCAGCGUGGGACCAGUGCAACCCGGCGGCAAAUACCUCUUUGUUAAGGUGAAUCAGGACCUGAAAGGAAAAAAUACAUUGGCGAAAGUAAAGCAAGCAAAUGCUAAUGAACCGUUGGCUUACUUUUAAUUGUUGACGACUGCAAGAUCGUCUAUGCAAUAACGCUUACGGUUAAGAACUACUGCUGUUUUCUUGUGAGAAAAAUGUACGCGUUACGCUCAAAAUGGCUACAAGGUGAUGUGAAUAGCCGGUCUAUCAACAAUCUGCUGAAUGACACCACAUGUCGUGGUGAGCUAUUUAAGCAAUGAUUCGUAAAAAACUUACAAUUGCUA